ACAGAGCCGGGCCUACCACAGAUUCACCUGGAAGGCAACCGCCUUGUUCUCACCUGCCUUGCUGAAGGGAGCUGGCCUUUAGAGUUCAAGUGGAUGCACAAUGACCGUGAGCUCACCACCUACACCAGCGAAUAUAAGUAUAUUAUCCCGUCUUUACAGAGGCUUGAUGCUGGGUUUUACCGCUGUGUGGUGCGAAACAGGAUGGGAGCUCUCUUGCAGAGAAGAUCAGAAGUUCAAGUCGCAUAUAUGGGAAAUUUCAUGGAUACAGACCAGAGGAAAACGGUGUCUCAAGGACAUGCAGUAGUUCUCAACUUACCACCCAUCACCAGCUUCCCAAGACCGCAAGUGACCUGGUUCAGAGAAGGGCACAAGAUCAUUCCCAGCAACAGAAUAGCCAUCACGCUGGAGAACCAACUGGUGAUCCUUGCUGCGACCGCGGGUGACGCCGGGGCUUACUACGCGCAGGCCGUCAACGAGCGGAACGGGGAGAACAAGACCGGCCCACUCAUUCACUUGAGUGUCGCAAGAGAGGUUGGCAGCCCCGAAACCAUGGCACCCGUCAUUGUGAUCCCCCCCGGCAACAGAAGUGUGGUGGCCGGAUCCAGUGAGACCACCUUGGAAUGCAUCGCCAAUGCCAGGCCUGUCGAGGAGCUGCACGUGACCUGGAAGAGGAACGGGGUGAAGGUCGCCGGGGGGCUCCACAGCCAUGGGAGACGCCUCACCAUCAGCAACCCGACGUCCGCCGACACCGGGAUGUACGUCUGUGAGGCCACGCUGAGAGGACGCGCGUUCAGUGCGGCCACAGCGCAAGCCUUUCUGGCUAUCAUAGAGCCACCGUAUUUUACUGCUGAGCCCGAGAGUCGGAUUUUAGCGGAAGUGGAAGAUACCGUGGACAUCGUGUGUCGAGCCAUGGGGGUCCCUCUUCCCACUCUCCAGUGGUACAAGGAUGCCACAUCCAUCAGCAAGCUCCAGGAUCCCCGGUACAAGAUGCUGUCAAGUGGAGGCCUGCGUAUCCAAAAGCUGCGUCCUGAGGACUCGGGGAUCUUCCAGUGCUUUGCCAGUAAUGAAGGAGGGGAGAUCCAGACCUAUACCUACCUGGACGUCACCAAUGUCGCCCCAGCGUUUACUCAGCUUCCGGUGGACACCACGGUCACCGAUGGGAUGACGGCCGUCCUGAGGUGCGAGGUGUCCGGAGCCCCCAAGCCCGCCAUCACAUGGAGGAGAGGAAAACAUAUUUUGGCCAGUGGCUCCGUGCGGAUUCCUAGGUUCAUGCUUCUGGAGUCUGGGGGUCUGCAGAUCGCCCCUGUCUUCCUCCAGGAUGCCGGGAGCUACACCUGCUACGCAGCCAACACGGAGGGGUCCCUGAACGCGUCCGCAGCCCUAACUGUUUGGAAUCGCACGUCCAUCGUUAACCCUCCAGAGGACCGCGUGGUGAUUAAGGGGACCACUGCCACGCUGCACUGUGGAGCCACUCACGACCCCCGGAUCGCCCUUCGCUACAUCUGGAAGAAGGACAACACAGUCAUCACCCCAUCUAGCAGUUCCAGGAUUGUGGUAGAGAAGGACGGGUCCCUCCUCAUUAGCCAGACGUGGUCGGGUGACAUUGGAGACUACACCUGUGAAAUCGUGUCCGAAGGAGGGAACGAUUCCAGGACGGCCCGGCUAGAGGUGAUUGAACUGCCUCACUCACCUCAGAACCUGCUGGCCAACCUGAACUCUUCCCACAGCCACACGGUGAUGCUGUCUUGGGUUCGACCAUUUGAUGGAAACAGCCCGGUGCUUUAUUACAUCGUGGAGCUGUCUGAGAACAACUCUCCAUGGAAAGUACAUCUGUCAAAUGUCGGCCCCGAGAUGACAGGCGUCACCGUGCGCGGCCUGACUCCAGCUCGCACCUAUCAAUUCCGGGUGUGUGCCGUGAAUCAAGUGGGCAAAGGCCAGUACAGCGCAGAGACAAGCAGGUUGAUGUUACCUGAAGAGCCGCCCAGUGCUCCUCCAAAGAAUAUCGUAGCCAGCGGGCGUACCAAUCAGUCCAUCAUGGUCCAGUGGCAACCGCCCCCAGAAACAGAGCACAAUGGGGUGCUGCGUGGGUACAUCCUCAGGUACCGCCUGGCCGGCUUGCCGGGAGAACACCAGCAGCGCAACAUCACCAGCCCGGAGGUCAACUACUGCCUGGUGACAGAGCUGAUCAUCUGGACGCAGUACGAGAUCCAGGUGGCCGCCUACAACGGGGCGGGCCUGGGCGUCUUCAGCAGGGCCGUGACGGAAUACACCCUCCAGGGAGUGCCUACUGCGCCCCCACAGAAUGUGCAGACAGAAGCUGUGAAUUCCACAACCAUCCAAUUCCUCUGGAACCCUCCGCCUCAGCAGUUCAUCAAUGGCAUCAACCAGGGAUACAAGCUCCUCGCGUGGCCAGCUGAGGUCCCUGAGGCCACCACUGUGGUCACCAUUGCGCCAGAUUUCCACGGAGUCCACCACGGGUAUAUAACGAACCUGAAGAAGUUCACGGCGUACUUCACCUCCGUUCUGUGUUUCACCACUCCGGGGGACGGGCCUCCGAGCACGCCUCAGCUCGUCUGGACUCAUGAAGACAAACCAGGAGCUGUGGGACAUCUGAGUUUCACGGAGAUCCUGGACACAUCCCUCAAGGUCAGCUGGCAGGAGCCCCUGGAGAGAAACGGCAUCAUCACAGGCUACCAGAUUUCCUGGGAGGUGUACGGUCGGAACAGCUCCCGGCUCACCCACUCCCUCAGUAACACGACGCAUGAGUACAAAAUCAAAGGACUGUCGUCUCUCACCACCUAUACCAUCGAUGUGGCCGCUGUCACCGCCGCAGGGACUGGCCUGGCCACCUCAUCCACCAUUUCUUCUGGAGUGCCCCCAGAGCUCCCUGGCGCCCCGUCUAAUCUGGUCAUUUCCAACAUCAGCCCCCGCUCAGCCACGCUUCAGUUCCGACCGGGCUACGACGGGAAGACCUCCAUCUCCAGGUGGAUCGUCGAGGGUCAGGUUGGAGCCAUCGGUGAUGAGGAGGAGUGGGUCAGCCUCUACGAGGAGGAGAAUGAGCCCGACGCCCAAAUGUUGGAGAUCCCAAACCUCACACCGUACACUCAUUACAGGUUUCGCAUGAGGCAGGUGAACGUCGUCGGUGCCAGCCCCUUCAGCCAGUCAUCCCGGGUCAUCCAGACCCUGCAGGCACCCCCCGAUGUGGCCCCCACCAGCGUCACCGUGCGAACGGCCAGCGAGACCAGCCUGCGGCUCCGCUGGGUGCCGCUGCCUGAUUCCCAGUACAACGGGAACCCCGAGUCGGUGGGCUACAGGAUUAAGUACUGGCGCCCCGACCUCCAGGCCCCGGCGCUGGCGCAGGUCAUCCACGACCGGCUGGAAAGGGAGUUCACCAUCGAGGGGCUGGAGGAGUGGACGGAGUACGAGCUCCAGGUGCAGGCGUUCAACGCCAUCGGGGCCGGGCCCUGGAGCGAGGCGGUGCGGGGCCGCACUCGGGAGUCAGUUCCUUCAGCCGCGCCUGAAAACGUGUCCGCUGAGGCUGUCAGCUCCACCCAGAUUUUACUGACGUGGGCUUCGGUGCCUGAACAGGACCAGAAUGGGCUCAUACUGGGCUACAAGAUCCUGUUCCGGGCCAAAGACCUGGACCCCGAGCCCCGCAGUCACGUCGUGCGAGGGAACCACACGCAGUCGGCACUGCUGGCCGGGCUCCGCAAGUUCGUGCUGUACGAGCUGCAGGUGCUGGCGUUCACCCGCAUCGGCAACGGCGUGCCCAGCUCGCCCCUCGUCCUGGAGCGGACCAAGGACGACGCCCCGGGCCCACCAGUAAGGCUCGUGUUCCCAGAAGUGAGACUCACAUCCGUGCGGAUCGUGUGGCAGCCGCCGGAAGAGCCCAACGGCAUCGUUCUGGGGUACCAGAUCGCCUACCGCCUGGCCAGCAGUAGCCCCAACACGUUCACCACGGUGGAGGUGGGUGCCACCGUGAGACAGUUCACGGCCACCGAGCUGGCCCCAGAGUCUGCAUAUAUCUUCAGGCUGUCAGCCAAGACGAGGCAAGGCUGGGGGGAGCCGCUGGAGGCCACCGUCAUCACCACUGAGAAGAGAGAGCGGCCGGCGCCCCCCAGAGAGCUCUUGGUGCCACAGGCCGAAGUGACCGCACGCAGCCUCCGACUCCAGUGGGUCCCGGGCAGCGACGGGGCCUCCCCCAUCCGCUACUUCACCGUGCAGGUGCGAGAGCUGCCCGGGGGCGAGUGGCAGACCUACUCCUCGUCCGUCAGCCAUGAGGCCACAGCCUGUGCUGUCGAAAGGCUGAGACCCUUCACUUCCUACAAGCUGCGCCUGAAAGCGACCAAUGACAUCGGCGACAGUGACUUCAGUGCAGAGACGGAUGCAGUGACCACGCUGCAGGACGUUCCGGGAGAGCCUCCAAGUUUCAUCUCAGUGACACCGCACACCACCUCCUCUGUCCUGAUCCAGUGGCGGCCUCCAAGGGAUGAGAGCCUGAACGGCCUUCUUCAGGGUUACCGGAUCUACUACCGGGAGCUGGAGUCCGAGGCAUCCUCAGCCACCGUGUCCAAGACGCUCAAAACCCCUUCGGCUUUACGGGCCGAGCUUGCAGGUCUGAAGAGGUACCGGCGCUACGAGGUCAUCCUGACAGCCUAUAACAUCAUCGGCGAGAGCCCUGCCAGCGCGCCCGUGGAGGUGUUCGUCGGCGAGGCUGCCCCGGCCAUGGCUCCGCAGAACAUCCAGGUGACCCCGCUCACGGCCAGCCAGCUGGAGGUCUCAUGGGACCCGCCGCCACCAGAAAGCCAGAACGGGAACAUCCAGGGCUACAAGGUUUACUACUGGGAGGCAGACAGCCAGAACGAAACAGAGAAGAUGAAGGUCCUGUUCCUGCCGGAGACCGUGCUGAAGCUGAAGAACCUGACCAGCCACACCCAGUACCUGGUCAGCAUCUCUGCCUUCAACGCGGCGGGAGACGGGCCGCAGAGUGACCCCCGGCAGGGACGCACCCAUCAGGCCGCUCCCGGGACCCCCAGCUUUUUGGCGUUCUCAGAAAUAACCUCUACCACGCUGAACGUCUCGUGGGGCGAACCAGCAGCAGCCAACGGCGUCCUACAGGGCUACCGAGUGGUCUACGAGCCCUUAGCACCAGUCCAAGGGGUGAGCAAGGUGGUGACAGUGGACGUGAAGGGGAACUGGCGCCGCUGGCUGAAGGUGCGCGAUCUCACCAAGGGAGUCACCUACUUCUUCCGCGUGCAGGCGCGGACCAUCGCCUACGGGCCCGAGCUGCAAGCCAACGUCACGGCAGGGCCAGCAGAGGGCUCCCCAGGGUCCCCCAGAGAUGUCUUGGUCACCAAGUCAGCCUCCGAACUGACCCUGCAAUGGACCGAGGGGAACGCAGGCAGGACGCCCACCACCGGCUACGUCAUCGAGGCCAGGCCCUCAGAUGAAGGCCUCUGGGACGUGUUCGCGAAGGACAUUCCCCGAGGCGCCACAUCCUACACUGUCAGCCUGGACAAGCUCAGGCAGGGAGUGACCUACGAGUUCCGGGUGGUGGCCGUGAACCAGGCGGGCUAUGGGGAGCCCAGCAGCCCCUCCACGGCCGUGUCAGCUCAAGUGGAAACCCCAUUCUACCAGGAGUGGUGGUUCCUGCUGGUGAUGGCCCUUUCCAGCCUGAUCGUCAUCCUGCUGUUGGUGUUUGCCCUGGUCUUGCACGGACAGAACCGGAGAUACAGGAGCUGCAGCACAGGUAAGAGCAUCUCCAACAUGGAGGAGACCGUGACCCUGGACAACGGAGGGUUUGCUGCCUUGGAGCUCAACAGCCGUCAUCUCAACGUCAAGAACACCUUCUCGAAGAAGAACGGGACCAGGUCCCCGCCCCGGCCCAGCCCCGGUGGGCUGCACUACUCAGAUGAGGACAUCUGCAACAAGUACAACGGAGCUGUGCUGACCGAGAGCGCCAACCUUAAGGAGAAGUCGGUGGACGCUUCGGAAUCCGAGGGCACUGACUCCGAGUCUGAGGACGCGCCCCCCCAGCACUCCUUCGUCAACCACUACAUGAGCGACCCCACCUACUACAACUCGUGGAAGCGGCGGGCCCCGGGCGGCCGUGCCCCGCACAGGUACGAGGCUGUGGCGGGCAGCGAGGCGGGGCCGCACCUGCACACCGUGGUCACCACGCAGAGCGCCGUGUUUGCGCCCACGGGCCCUGGCGCCCGGACUCCACUCACCGGCUUCUCUUCCUUCGUGUGACGGCCCCAGCGGGGCCUCAGUGGACCUCCCAGCCUCCUUUUGUUAAGACAAUCAACUCCAAUAACUGAGCUCAAGCUUUUGUUUAAAAAGAGAAUUCUGAUAAGUGAUGAUUUUACCUACUUGUGGACACUAGAUUUCAAUUAGGAAGGUUUUUUUAACGGCUUUUUGUAACAUCGCUGCAGGAAGCGGGUUUCUUUGUUUUCUUUUCUUUUUACGAGAAGGUGUAUUUCAGUGGUGCAAUGGCGGGAAGGCCUCAGACCCCCCAGCCCCCAGUCCCGGGUUUCUCCAUCCCGAUGCCUGACUAGGGAGGCUGCGGGGGGAGGAAGAGCGGGGAUCCAGGGAGCUGUCCGCCCGCAUCCAGGGCGCUCCUUCCGCUUCUCUACCUCCUGUGCCUCUGGAGAACCAGUCACACGCCAGGGUCCCCAUCGGUGACACCGACCAGCUGGGCUCUCGCCGCCUCCUGGGGCCGCAGAGUGAAGUCUGCCCUGGGCUGGGCCCUUUUCGACCUGACGGCAUCCACCUCUGAAAUACUCUCCCUCCGCAGUUUCUAGGCAAGGAAUCAGCAUCCAGGUUCCUGGCAAGGGGGCAAGAGAUUGCGAGGUGGGGUCCUCAGACCCGGCGAUGACUCCGUUGGUCUCACCCUGUGUCACUGCAACGGUGAAACACCGGGGCUUUUUCUUCCUUUCUCUCCUUAAACCCAACGGUGCAGAGCAGGAAACCACCCCCCGGGGCCGGAAGCCGCCACGCUGGCCCUCACUUAGCGAGCUAGCUCCUUCCCGAGAACACAGCACACGGCCAACCCCGCUAACCCAGAGAGAACCAGACGGCGCUUGCAGAAUAAUUGCUUGUUGUGUAAGACGUGUGCAUUGUUAACCAGAGUAUUUUUUAAAUCUUUUUAUCUUUUUUUAAAAUAUGUCACAUGAAAUGAAUGAGUCUCUGCUGUCUCCAGGUGCCUUUUUAUUAAUUGUUUAGCUUUGUACAUGAGAAAGACGACAAGCGUCAGUGUCUCCAAAUAAAGCAAAACAGCUCUGAGCAAA